AUGGAUAAUGCAGGAUUUGAGCUACAAGAAGAAUCUCCAAGCAACUCUACCAAGCCAGGGAAGAUUAAUCAAGAAUGUCAUGUGAAAAAGACCCACUGGUCUCUUCUCCAAGUCUUUCUGGUUUGUCUGUUGGCCUGUGCAAUAAUCACCAUGGCGGGGAUGCUGACUGUGUCUCUGGUGUAUGUUAGCAACCCUCACUUUAAAAGGGAACCGAAGCAUGAAAUGAAUCCAGAGAACCAUGGAUCAGUAACAUCUGACCCCAAAACCCACGUGGACCCCAAGUACCAGUUUCUCCACCAUCUCACUAAAUCCAAGAAGCACCAGUUUCCAGGAGGUGCUAUUCAGUGGUCAAGAUUUCGGAAGAAUGCUGAUGAAUACCAGAACAAGGAAGAGAUGGCGUUUGGAACAAGUAUCAAUGCUCAGCGUUCCAAGAUGAUGUUUGGAACUCUUCUGAUCAAAAGCAAAGGGUUACGUGUUCCGCACUGGCAUUUCAAUGCCAAUGAACAGGGUUACCUCUUAAAGGGAACUGCGUGGAUUGGGGUAGUUGAUGCUGGUGGAGAUACAGUGACUACGUACAAUGUCACGGCAGGACAGAUUAUUUUCUUUCCUCGAAAUACCUUGCAUUGGGUCAAGAAUGUUGGUGCAGAAGAGUGCUUGUUCUUGCUGUUUUUUACGACCCAUGAGGAGCUUCAGACUCUGGACCUCGAUGAUACAUUUUUCUUGACACCCGAAGACAUUGCGGCAAGGUCUCUAAAGCCUCAAGGUGGUGUGGAUUUCAUCCGGUCAUUCCAGAAACAAGCAGAAGACCAAGCAAUCAAUCUUCCACCCAACCUUGCAGAGCUUGUUCAGAAUGCCAACUAUAACCAGUCUGCAGAUAUGCUGGUAUGGCGGUACUUCUUUGAUCUCAAAGAAUCAACUAAAUUCCAGUUUCCAGGGGGAAUAAUCCAGUGGGCUCGGUAUGUAAAGGAUGGAAAAGGUUUAAAACCCAAUGAAAAAAUUUACAGUGAAUUUCUCCAUUCGAAGGAAGAUACUCUUACCCUGGGAACACUCCGGAUCUACAGCAAUGGUUUACGACAGCCCCAUUUCCAUUUCAACGCCAAUGAGAUGGGAUAUGUCAUCAGUGGGUGUGGGAAGGUGGGUGUUAUUGUGUCACCUACCCUUUCUACUGACUUUACCAUUGGUAUUGGAGAUGUUGUGUUCUUCCCAGUUGGAACCCAACACUACAUCAAGAGCACAUGUGAUGAGGACUUGCUUUUCAUUUUGGCAUUCAGCACCGGAAACCAGUUGAAAACUCUAGAUAUGGAUGACUAUUUCCAUGCAACAGCCGACCAUAUAUUAGCCCAGGUGUUCUUCAAAAAGCAAGAUGAAUUUAAGAAGAUUCCAAGGUUUAAGGACGAUCAGGCAAUUAAUCUACCAUAG